AGAGACCGACGGAAUAACAUUUUGGGGCUGGGUGACUGAGUCCGUUAGUUUCUUUUUACUCCGUUAUAUACCGUGUAACGGCGUCUUGUGUGUGCUGUAUACUACCUUCUCAUCCGUAAACACACCUAUCGGUGUUUGGAUAUCACGCGCUAUAAUGUCAUUGUCAAUUGGAGGGGCUGCUUCCAAUUCACGCGAUGAAAUUUCCGCUGUAGACGUGACUGGAGCGCUUUUUGCGGCUCUUGGGACAAUCGCUGCAGAUACCAUAGCCGGAGCUCUGGAGAUUUCUGCAAGGAACAAGCAACGACGUAUGGUGGCGCGUGGCUUUGAUGAUUGUGAGUCGGUAGUCGAAAACUCUUCUUUGCGUGCCAAUGUUGGAAUAUUUCUUAUGGUGGUUGCUCAUGGACUCACCUUGGUUUAUGGAAUUUUGUUUUGGCGAAAGGAAGUGCUGAACAAUCUGAUCCGGCUAUAUGUUGCAAUCAUUGCUGCGCUAUCCAUGAAAAAAAAAAAAAUCCAUAAGUCUCGAUUAGAAUACAACAACCAGACUCUAACUACUAUGUUUGGAAAGUAUGGAGAGAUUGAGGAUUUGCGGAAUAAGGAAGAACAACGGUUUGGCGGGCGGCUAAUGGCGAUACCGUCUGCCAUGAGCGAGUGCAUAAAAUUUGAGUUCACCAAGACCGGUGACUAUGAUAUCAUGAUACAAUUUGAUAAUAAUUAGUCUCAUUUAAUAUUAAGGAUACAUUCCCAUUUAUAGAGAUCAUAUGAGAGAAUUUUAAUCAUAGUUGGAGAACAACUAUGUAUUACUGGGGGUGUGGGAGUUUAUUGGAUUGUGAUGGGACAAACUGUGAAGCAUACACCUAAUGGAUCGUGUGCCAUAUCUUACCCUAACUUUCUUUUACUCGGAGGAUUGCUGUGUUUUUUUCAUGCUAUAUUGGCCUCUAUUGGCUUUUUCACCACCUUUGAACGAUUGUACCACGAAUAUAGGCGCUAGAAAAUU